CUCGGGGGCUCUCAACUCCCCGGGUGGCUCCGGGUCCUGCUUGGUGCUGGCCACAAAGCCCCAGGACAAGAGGAAAGGCUCCAGGCUGGACACCAGCAGGGAUUUCUGCAUGGAAAGGGUGCUCAGGUACCGCAGCGGGGUUUGGAGUCCCCACCCUGGAGGUGGCACUGGGUGGGGACAGCUGGGGAUGGGCACAGGCUGGGCUGGCAGGGGCUGGGACUCAGCAGAGAAUGAAGUUCACCCCGCCGGGGGGAGCACAAAGCCCAAAUCACUCAUUUGGGGGUCUGCAAAUGUGCAAAUUCAGGGUUGAAACUUUGGGAAAGUUAAUGGAGAAAAAAAUACCCUCUAGAGGUUGAAAAUUUCACAUUUAUGUUUGGAGAGAAAGUCACUUUUAACCUGAGCUGCCAGCUGGAAGCACCAAUCUCUGUGCGAGGAGGGCUCAGUCCUGAUUUUGAUGCAUUUCUUUAAUAUCUCUCAGACAUUCAAAACCACUCUGACGUCAUCAGGAAUUUCUUUUGUACCACAUUAUUUAAUAAAAACCUGCUGAAGACAUCAGGAACCACUGCAGCUCUGUAUCAUCAUCAUCACCAUCACCAUCAUCAUUAGUGUUUCUCAUUUUUAAAAGCAGAUUAGCAUUCCUGAUUUAACUAAGCUUUUAAAUACUGUUUUGCAUAUUAUCUGCAUCCAACGCGGAGCUGGGGAUGUACAAAGAGACAUUUUGAUCUCCUCUACAGGAACCAGAAAGCCACUGAGUGUCUCAUUUUUAAGUACAAAUUUUGUGGCAGGGAGACGUGUGUGGGUUUUCCACACACUCCAUCACAAACCGUGGGGUUUUGCUGAGUUUUUAUUUCAAAUAAAACCCAAAUCUACGCCAUUACAACAUAUUCCACUUGAUCAAAUUAAACCACAACAGGAUUUUGUAUUCAAAUUGGCCAGGUUUAAAAUAUCAACAUCGACUUUUUACUUCACGUGGUUUUCAGGAACUCAACAAAAGCCACGCAGAACUUUGGAUAACACCUAAAAAUACACAAGCAAAGGAUGAUGAAAUUUUGCCCCGUGUUUCCAAACAUCACCGUGAACCCGGGUUUAAUUCCCUGGGUUUGGUCCAGGACAGGUGGGCUGGGAGGCAGCACCCACUGGCAGCUUUGUGGAGUUUGGGGGUCUUUUAUUCCCCAGGUAAGACUGCAAGGCCCAUCAGAGGCAGCUCAAACACAGCUCUGGCUGAAAGCCCCCAAAAUUAGGUGACUUUAAGUGAAUAUUUUUUUAAAAAAAAGCAAUCCUGGAAACCUGAGAAAAUCUCCAAUAGGAACCACCCUUAAAAUGCAGGUCACAAAUCGUCUUUAAAAAUUUUACAUUUUUUAGCAUUUCAAGAGUCACGUAGUGAAGGGCUCAGCACUAUCUGCACGUUAAUUUUUUGGUUAAUUACAAUUUGAAAGGGCAGCAACAGCCUUGGAUGAGUAAAUAGCUGCAUCAAAGCAUCCCUGAGCUGAGAAAUCGAGACAAGCCCUGGUAAACAAGCCCAGAAAUCAGUGCAGUCCUGAAAUUCCAAACCUCACAGAAAAAAAAAUUAAAAAAAAAGAAAAGGAAGGAGAGCCACAAACAAAACACAGGAGUCAAUGUCACAGAGAAAAAAAAAAAUCACUCCCCCUCUCCUCUUCUCACCCACUUUGUUACUAUGGGACUGGCAGAAAGCUCUGGAUUAUGAACACCAAGGUCCCACUCACAAGACAAUUAAGCAGCUCCAGAGCUUCCAUCGACCACCCACCUCCGCUCUGCGCAAGGUCUGCGCCUCCCAGCAGAGCUGAAAUGCCAGAAAUGCACCGUGCCAGCUGAAAAACAGCACUCUGCUGCUCCACACAACCGGGAAACCCUUCGCAAAACAAAGUUCAUUCUUCCUCAAAUGGUUUCUUUUUUUUUGGUGAGGGUGGUAAAGGAGGGGUUGGAUGAGAAAUUAAAAAUCCCACAUGGAUUCAAAUAUCAUAAAUAGGUGGGAGAUGACCACGGCAGAAAGGAAGUUCAGAAUUUCUGCCUCUGCUCUGAGCAGUAACCAACAAUAAAGCAGACAAGAUGGUAAACAUUGCAAAAAGACAAUUACUAAUAAUGAAAAGGCAACAGAAAUUUUGGGCUGCUUCCACCAACUGAGUAAGGCGUUUUCAAACUGACAGCAACGUGCUGCUUGCCAAAUGAAAAUGAGAGCAAACAGCAAAGUUGUUCUUAACCCCUUUCUGCUUUUAUGCUGCAUUUUAAACCCCGAUGAAAUCAUGGAAUUUGAAAGAAAAAGUCUACAAAGGAGACAUUUUACUCAGCCCUCUGGUCAGUGUUUCCAUCACUUCAGUACCCAGAAUGCUCAGAAAAGUUAUUCAUCUUGGGUUCUUUCCUCAAAACCAGGUUCUUGAAAGUGUGAUGGGCUUCCAAGUGCAAAACCUGGGCUGGGAGAACUCAGAUUUGGGAGAAAGCGAAAUGGGAUUCAGGAGAAAAUGAAAUGGGAUUCAGGAGAAACUGAAAUGGGAUUGAGGAGAAAUGAAUCUGGAUCCUGACUUGUCUUGCAGAAGGUGAGAGCUCAAGGUGUGAGUUAACUGGAGGACAACCUGUAAUUGCAGAUUCCAAGAAGUGCCCCAGGAACACGCAGCCCUGGAGUGGCAGCAAGGAUUGAGGCAAAACCCCGGGAUAUUGAGCCCCACAAGCUGAUUCCAGUGCCUACAAACACCUCCAAAUCCUCCUCACUCUGCUCCCAACUAACUCCAGCAGGAACAUCCAGGUGAGCACGAGCAGAGCUCCAGCCUCACACCUCCUCAGGCAGGUGCCUUUCCUUUACAUCCAACCAGCAGCACCACCGAUUCAAAACAAAUAUUUACCCUGCCCUGACACACAGGAAUAAAAAAGGAACCUUUAACUGCAAAUCCAACCGUGCGUUCUGUUGUUCUCGCAAAGCUUCCGCCGCAAACGGGCUCGUAAAUUUUCUUGGAACGGUUAAAAACAAAACACUGACACGAGCAGGUGAGACAAGAACAGAAGAGCCGUGACAUCCCCGAAUAUGGACCACAAAAGGCAUCUCGUGCCCGGGAAAGCGCAUUGGUCAUGCCGGGAAUUUCUGCUGAUGGGCUUUGCAGACAUCACCAGCCAAGGGAGGCUUUGGAAGCGCAGCGAUUUGCACCUACGACAAGCGGAGUGUAACGGGAACAGCACCGGCGGCAGCUCCCGCCCGCCGGUGCUCCGGGGGAUGCCCGGGGGGCUCUGAGGGACCCCAGCCCGCCCCGGGCUCUGCACCCAGGAGCCCACGGCGGACUGAAGUGAGGAAACCGCGACACCUGCCCGGAGCUGCCGGCCUGGCCGGGGUGAGGAGCCGGGAACGCUCCAGGCGGGGCUGGAGGCACCGGGAACCCCUCAGAGCCGGGACUGUCCCGGGAUACCCCGCUCACACCGGGGGAUGGAACCAGCACCCCCUCGGAGCCCGGUGAAGGAACUGAGAUCCCUUCAGAGCCGGGGCCUGUGCAGAGACACCGAGAUUUCGAUCUUUCACACUUCCUACUUAAUGUUCCUGUUGACAUUCCCAUUAUCCUCGGAGAAGAAUAUCCUCAGAGCCCCCAGUUAUUUUGAACCGGGCUCCAAACCGUGCUCCGAGUAGGAAAACAUUCUCUUGUUUCACUUGGAGCUGGUGAAAAGUUCUUUAAUUUGAGAUGUCCUUGUUUCCAGAGGGCAAAUAAAAGCACCUGAGCCACCCUCCCCUCCAAAUCCGCUCACACAGAGGGCUGGCUCGGCUCCCUGCACCAAUAUUCCCUUGUCACCCUUCCAGCUUCGCUCCUUUACCAUUCCCUGUAAAUUCUAAAAUUACAGAAAGCCAAGCAAACAGCGGCUGCUGAGAGGAAUUAAUUCUCAUUUCCACACCUCGGGUCUCUGCGCUGCUCCCAGAGGUUUUGGCAGCCGUGCCAGGGGUUCUGCUCCCCGUCCCUUUUCCCAGGAUCGGGGCUUGGCUUGGCUCCACACGGGAUGCAGGGAGCGUUCCCGGGAUACAGGGAUCACUCCUGGGACUCAGGGAUCAUUCCCGGGACAGAGGGAGCAUUCCCGGGAUGCAGGGAUCACUCCUGGGACUCAGGGAUCAUUCCCGGGACAGAGGGAGCAUUCCCGGGAUGCAGGGAUCACUCCUGGGACUCAGGGAUCAUUCCCGGGACAGAGGGAGCAUUCCCGGGAUGCAGGGAUCACUCCUGGGACUCAGGGAGCAUUCCCGGGAUGCAGGGAGCAUUCCUGGGACGCAGGGGGGAUCAUUCCUAGGACACAAGGAUCAUUCCCGGGAUGCAGAGAUCACUCCCGGGAUGCAGGGAUCACUCCUGGGACUCAGGGAGCAUUCCCAGGAUGGAGGGAGCAUUCCCGGGACACAGGGAUCAAUCCAUGGAUGCAGGGAGCAUUCCCGGGACAAAGGGAUCACUCCUGGGACUCACAGAUCACUCCCAGGAUGGAGGGAGCAUUCCCGGGAUGCAGGGAUCAAUCCAGGGAUGCAGGAAUCAAUCCAGGGAUCAAUCCAGGGAUGCAGGGAUCAUUCCCUGGAUGCAGAGAUCAAUCCAGGGAUGCAGGGAUCAAUCCAGGGAUCAAUCCAGGGAUGCAGGGAUCAAUCCAGGGAUCAAUCCAGGGAUGCAGGGAUCAAUCCAGGAAUCAAUCCAGGGAUGCAGGGAUCAAUCCAGGGAUCAAUCCAGGGAUGCAGGGAUCAUUCCCUGGAUGCAGAGAUCAAUCCAGGGAUGCAGGGAUCAAUCCUGGGAUGCACAUCCAGGAUGUUUUCCCCCUCAGGAGCACGGAGCCCGGGCUUUUGGCAGCCUCCCCUGACGUGCAAACCCCAAAUCCUGCAGGAAGGGAACAGCCCAGGCACACCACCUGCACCCCGGGGCCAACCUCUCCCUUCCAAACCUCGGAGAAAUUCAAACAUUCCUGGUGUAAAACAGCUCCCCUGGAGGAGCCAGGUCCUGCCAGGGAAUCGCUCUGCAUCCUCAGGGGAUGGCACAGAGGGGGGAAAAAGAACUUUGCAUUUAAAGCUAAAUAAUCGCCAGCUCUGUGGGCAGGCUCAGGUCAGCAGCCUGAUUACAAACAUCGCUUAAACCACAUGGAAAAUACCUUUUAGCAAAGCACUGGCACCCAGAUGAUCAAAAAAAAAAACAACAAAAAAAGAUGAAAUAAAUGAAAGGAUCCAUUCUGCUUGAGGUGCUCCUGAUGUGGUGCAAGCCCAGGGACUUCAAAGGCCUCGCUCCAGCUGGGCUGAGGGGCAGCCAGCAGCAGGCUGGGCUGGUGGCCUGCACAAACAACCCCCCCCCCAAAAAAAGAGAUUUUCAUUUCUUUAGAAGCCAUAUAAACCAGUUCUAGCUAAUUACAGGGGCCUGGGUGUGAAAGAGCAACUGCAAAGCCUCAGGGACCUGGCCAAGAAGCUUUGAUUUCUCUGCUCUAGCUCAUAAAACCUUCUGAAAAGUUUUGCCCCGGCAGCUUUUCUGCUUUCAGAGAAUGCCAGAGUGGUGUGGGUUGGAUAAAGAUCAUCCAGGGGGGCACCUUCCACUAUCCCAGCUUGCUCCAAGAGCCUCCAGCCUGGCCUUGGACACUCCCAGGGGUGGGAACUGCCACCCUCCUCCUCCUCCUCACCCUUUUCCUGAUGAUCUGAGGCUGAUUUCAGGUGGCACAGCUCAGCCAGCAGCUGUUUCCCAGCAGAAAAAAACCCAUUUUGUGUUCAUUCUCUGGCACCCUCAGUGUCAGAGCAAUCAGAAACAUCCCUGGCCCACAAAUAAAAGCUGAAACCUCCCCCUGGAGCUGAGCUAUCAAACGGGGAAGCACCAAACGCCUGCUCCUGGAGCUGGGUGAGGAGUUGGGAAGGAGAAACAAAAGUUCUGGAUGCUGCUGUGCCCACUCCCCACCAACACCCAGAGCAGAAUCGGGGCUGUCCCUGCCCCAAACACCUCGGGGGGAGCGGUCUGGGGGAGAUUUCUGCGCUCCCAGGUGGGAUCCAGCAGAGCUGAGCCCUCCUUGGAAGGCCAGAGCAGCCAGCUCUGCUCCCUCCCUCCCUCUCCUGACGUGCCAGCACCCCCAGACUGAAUUCCUCCAGCCACAUCCACUUUUCCUGCUCCUUCAAGUCACGAGUGAUGAAAUCCCAUUCAUUUGUGCGAGCAACUGGAAGAUUUAUUGUAAAUAAAGUUCUGCACAUUACACAACUGGCUAAAAAUCAUAAUUAGGGCUGCACUGGGGAACAUGUUUUAUUUAUCCUGACAGUAGUCUGGCUCCAAUAAUCCUGCCGUGAUAAAUGUCCCGAAAGUUUUGCAGAGUUUCGGCAGCUCCAGCCCUUAUCACAGCCCUGGAAAUGGGAAUUUCUGCCUGGGUUUGAUGUGGCUCCCACAGCAGCACUCCAAACCAGCACCAGGCUGACUGGGAGCUGCUGGGAGCGUCUUGGUUCUGUCUGAAUCAAAGAAAUUGCAAUUUUUUUUUCCCCCGCUGCUGCUAAAAAACCUUGCAGGGCUGCAGCCACGUCUGCGUGAAUUAUCCGGGCUCUGGGCUAGGGGGAAGUGACAGUGGGAUUGGGAGCAGGCAGAGCCUCUGGAAAAGGGUCAGUGACACCAUUAAUGGGAUGCAGACAUUCCCAAUCUCACUGCUCUCCACCCUGCCAAGACUCCCAGGGCUGCCUCGAUAGUUUUAAGCACAAUUUCAGGCCCAUAAAACAUCAGAGGAGACAGGAAUUAUUAUCCCAGCCCCGCCAGGAGCCUCUGGAGGGACACAGGGGCUCUGUGCUAACGAUGCUCUGGCUUCUCCUGCUCCUCACCUGCUCGGGGGCAUUCCCAAAUUUACCCAAUUCACCCCCAGAAUUUUUAUGGCUGCUCCGAGACCCAUAAAUGACUCUGAGCACCAUCAAACACUUCCCUGGCUUUGCUCAUUCCUCGGGAAAAGAGGAGCCCAAUCCACCUCCUUCCAUGUGGGGCAUCCUGGGAUGUGUUUCCACAAAAUCCCCAUCCAUAUUUAUGGGAAAUAAAUAAACCUUUCAGAAAACCCUCCUGAAACCUCAACUGUUGAAUCCCCCAAAAGCACCAAACCCAUUUUUUUGUCACGAUAUCAGAGAGGUUGUGCCCAGCCCAGAGCCACAGCUCCAUCCCCUGCCCAGGGGUCAAGCGAAAUUUCCCAUCCGAAAAUAUUUAUGGCCCACAAAUAUUUGAGUCUCCGCUAAAUUUGGAGCGGCCAGAAGAUGAGAAAUAAUUAUUUACAUUGCUAUAAAAAGAACAUUCCAGCAACAAAGAGCGACGCUGCUCUGAUCCAGGGACUUCCAGAUUCUUUCCCAGCUCCUGCUCCUCAGGGGCAGGGAAUGGGAAUAGGAAUGGGAAUGGGAAUGGGAAUGGGAAUGGGAAUG